AUGAAUAUUGAUGCAACACCACUUAUCGAGAUCCUGCCUAUGCCGCAGAGAUCACAUGUCCAAAAUCAUGGGGAAGAUUGGACGGGUACUAAUAGUACUGUUAUGAGAAGGAAAUUACAAAAUCGUUUAAAUCAACGAGCUUCUCGACAACGUAGAAAGGCCGACCCAAAAAAGCUUGAAGCAAUCAUUGAAAUCAUGGGAACACGGGGUCCACUCAUCCUAGACCCCUCAUUACCUCCUCCUGCAUCAGAAGAGGUGUGCAUUAAUCGCGUAGAUUUACAACGUAUCGUCGCUUCUAAAUCUUUCAAUACUUAUAUCACCAAUACAUCUAUCUCGGCAGACUCCUAUUUACUCACCCUCCUCCACUUCAACGUGAUUCGUGCGUUGACCAUCAAUGUGGAGAUCCUCAAAUUACCAAUGGAUCGUAUGGAUGACGAUAUUCUCUCUCCCUUCAAUAUCUCAUCCUCUUCACAAUACCCGUCGUCGGAUAUAUCAAACCUACCAACAGCGCUUCAACCCACCAACUUACAAAUCUCGAUAGAACAUCAUCCCGAAAUCGACAUUUUUCCAUUUCCGCAAUGUAGGGAUAAUCUUCUGUCCGCACUAUCGACAGGUGAUGGAUGGGAUGAUGUGGAGUUUUGUCGCGACAUCAUGUAUGGAGUGGAAGGUGGAGAUGGCAGGACGGGAUUGAUUGUUUGGGGUGAGCCGUGGAUACCCAGUAGUUGGGAAGUGGAGGAAAAGUUUGCGAGGAAAUGGGCGUGGUUGUUGAGGGGGUGUGGAGAGUUGUUUAUAAGUACUAAUAUAUGGAGGAAGGGAAGAGGUGAGCGGGGAUUGGUUUUUGGGGAAGUUUCUUGA